UUAUAAUAAUUAAAAAAAAUAAACGGCUUUGUUUCCAAAAACGCCAGUGGUAGCCCUAGGAUCGUGCGAGCGGGCAAGAAAAUACGGAGCAUUUCGAACAGAUACGGCCCGAGCCCGCUCAAAGAUGGCCGCGUCCCUGCCGCAGCGGAAGCGAAGCGCGCGUGUUUCGGAUAUUUUUGUUAACCCAUCGCCAUAUUGUUUUUAUUGUCUCCAAUAAUCAUAAUUAGAAUUUACAAACAACCAUUUGUUAUACAAACACGAUAUAACAAUUAAAAGUACGCGCACCGAUUACGUAGUCAUGGCGUAGUUUUUUUUUUAAAGACAGAUUGUGACAUUAUGCCACCGUAUUCAGUAUUGUUAUUUGUUAUUUGAAAUUAUCUGAAAUCGAUCUAGCGUAUAGUGAACAGGUUUGGUGUAGUGUUGUGCUAAAAAUAAGGGGUUGAUAAACCGUUAGUACUUACUGUGUUUAAAAUUAGUGCAUAUUUUAAGCUCAUGUGGUAAUGGAAAGCUAAUUAUUGUGUUGUGACUAAUUAACUUUCUCCGAUUUGUGAUGUGCUAGUGAUUUGUCAUUUGUCUGGAUUUGCAAAAAUGGAUAAACCCUCGUUUAAGCUGGUCGGGGCUCCAUGCGGCCAGCACGGGCAGUACACCUUCUACAAGGCCCUGAGGAUCUCCGGCGAGAGGGAGCGCAUCAUCGCCAUCGGGGACUUCUUCUUCGUCAGGAUCUGGCAGGACUCCGAGCUGGUCUCCAUAGAUAAAAAAUACCCCGAAUGGCUGCCACCACUACAUGACCAACUAAUCAUAGGCGAGCUGCAGCUGCUGUGGACGGACCGCGUCUCCGACCAGACCCUGGUCAGCCUGCGGCUGUACUUCCUCCCGGAGAACACCCCUGACGGGCGCCACCAGCACGGACAGGUCAGCGAGCUGCUGUGGACGGACCGCGUCUCCGACCAGACCCUGGUCAGCCUGCGGCUGUACUUCCUCCCGGAGAACACCCCUGACGGGCGCCACCAGCACGGACAGGUCAGCGAGCUGCUGUGGACGGACCGCGUCUCCGACCAGACCCUGGUCAGCCUGCGGCUGUACUUCCUCCCGGAGAACACCCCUGACGGGCGCCACCAGCACGGACAGGUCAGCGAGCUGCUGUGGACGGACCGCGUCUCCGACCAGACCCUGGUCAGCCUGCGGCUGUACUUCCUCCCGGAGAACACCCCUGACGGGCGCCACCAGCACGGACAGGACGAGGUGCUAGCCAUAAACGACAAGGUGGUCCUGAAGGCCGAGGACCUCCUGUCGUGGGUGUGCGGCGGCGAGGAGUGGCGCUGGGGGCUGCGCGCCGUGUGGCGCGGGGACUGCGCCCCCCCGGCGCACCCGCGCCGCUCGCAGCCGCUCCACCACACCCGGCUCGACUUCAGCGACGUUGAGAAAGAGAAGAACGCCAUAAGUGAGUACACUAACCCCCCCCUCGGCCGGUCUGUCCUGGGUGGCGAGGAGUGGCGCUGGGGGCUGUGCGCCGUGUGGCGCGGGGACUGCGCCCCCCCGGCGCACCCGCGCCGCUCUCAGCCGCUCCACCACACCCGGCUCGACUUCAGCGACGUUGAGAAGGAGAAGAACGCCAUAAGCGAGGACGCCGAAAGUCCCGGCGUGGUGGUCUUCUCGUACCCCCGGUACUGCCGGUACCGGGCGCUCCUCUCCCGGCUCGAGGGGAUCCAGGGGGACUGGCUGAGGGACAGCUUGGUCUGUGCGCUGGGCGGCUACGCAGCCCCCACCAAGAACACCAGGAUACUGUACUGCAAGGACACAUUCGAGUACCCAGAACUUGAAGGUCACGAGUUUGUCUGCAACCAGCUAGCGCCGAAACUGAAGGGGCGACCGCGGGGCCGGCGUCGGAAACGGGCCUCCAACCACUCGCCGUCUCUCUCCGACAGAUCUAGCGACAGCGACUCGCAGAAGCGCGUCGAGCAGCCUGCUGAGGUGAGUCACAGACACCUCAUGACGCGUUUACGAAGAGGAGUUAGUCUAUAAGCAGCUCGAGCUGUUACUGAAGGGGCGACCGCAGGGCCGGCGUCGGAAACGGGCCUCCAACCACUCGCCGUCCCUCUCCGACAGAUCUAGUGACAG